GUUUCUGUUGUGAUGAACACAGGGCCUGCACUUUCCCUACACUAUGCGGGACCUCUCCAGUGUCGUUCCUUUUCUGCUUACACAAUGACUACCUCUACUAACAAGGGACCACCUAAACUGCAUAGUACAUACGGUACAUACCGCUUCCACUUGGAACUGGCGGGAAGGGAACUGGGGGACAGGGCGCGCUCGUCUCCGAGAUCCGCAGCCACGGCACUCGAUCCGAUUGCGGUACCCCGCCGCCGGCGUCCGUUGUGGGGAGCAUGGUUGACCCAAAAAGUGGCAGCCCAGCAUGCUACUCCAGUCUACCUACAGGGAUCGAGGAUGCGCUACGGGCAUGCCACACACACCCUGUUAUCGAUCAGCUGGCUAUCUUGCUUGGUAACGUUGGUCAGUAACACGCUCCGCGUCCGGUGAUUGCCCGAGACGCAACUUGUACCGACUCUUGUUACGUGUUGCAAACCAUCGAGUGGUCGAUGGCCAAAGACAUCCUCUUAUCACGAGGGGGCCUUCGGUGGCUUCGGGCAACUUAGGUUGCUCCAGAUUCCCAUCGUCUUCAGUAUCUUCGUCUGUUUGUUCCUGACGUUGCCUCCAUCCCGUCCCUUUGUCUCCCGUCUGUUAAACCACUACUAGAAUCUAUCUCUUUUAUCAUCAUCUUUGCCUACUAGAUACUGCCCUUCCUCCCCCAUUUGCCCCAACAGUCAGACCUGGUUACAAUGGCUACAGGUCUGGAAGGUGUGCAGGAUGCCUUGCUGGCCAUCGCCCAAGGCCAAACGAAGCUCAUCUCGGCGGUUGAAUCCAUCUCUCAACGUGUGAGCAGCUUGGAGAAGACUCGCGAAACCUCGUCGAAACCCAACGGCGAAGCUCCAAACCCAGUCACCACCCCGCUCGUUUCCGGCUAUGUCCAGACGCCACCGCUCUUGCAGGCGGAUGCCGGCACCAUGUCACCAUCAUCUCCGCCCGCCGAUGUCACAAAGUCCAACUUCUCAAACCGCGUCGUGCUCACGACCUAUCCCAAGCAGAUCGGCAUCAACCCUCUACCGAUGGAAUGGGGUGCGGCCGAUCCCGUGAAGCGUGGCCCGGUAGCUGUCAUCCGAUCUGGCUCGACCAUCCGCAGACGUAACGCCAUUGGUGCCCACGGUGGUUCAUACUCGAUUUACUACGCGCUGGCUCUGGCGAGUAAGGAGCUGGAUCCAGACCACAAGCCUGACUUCACCAACACCGAGCCCGCCGUCAACAUUGGCCCUUUCCCUCAAUGGGGAGAUCCCAAGAAGAUUGUAGCCAUGGAUCCUUGGGGCCAUCAGGUUCCUUGGAUCUUCAAGGAUCUCAUGGAUAAGGAGGGUGUUGAUCUCCGGCCGACAAUUGCGAUCACGAAAGCCCAUAUGAAGCUGCCUGAGCUUGAAGAGAGUGUUAAGAGCGGCAGAUUGGUUCCAGAUGGCAAGAUCUGCUUGAACAGCCUCGGUGAACUUGCAGUAACCAAGUUUGCCGUCGAGCCUGUUUGGUACCUCCCCGGAGUUGCCGAACGGUUCGGUAUUGAUGAGGGCACAUUGCGCAGAUCCCUCUUCGAGCAUACGGGUGGCAUGUAUCCCGAGUUAAUUACGCGCUCCGAUAUCAAGGUCUUCCUGCCCCCUAUCGGUGGUUUGACCGUGUACUGCUUCGGCGAUCCCGCGAAGAUGUCAGACCCUUCGAAGAAACUUGCGUUGAGGAUACACGACGAGUGUAACGGUAGUGAUGUUUUCUGUUCCGAUAUCUGCACUUGCAGACCUUACCUCAUCUUCGGUAUUGAGGAGGCCGUCAAGGAGGCUCAGAAUGGCGGUAGCGGCGUGGUAAUCUAUUUCCGUAAGGAAGGUCGUGCCCUGGGCGAAGUCACAAAGUAUCUUGUGUACAACGCGAGAAAGCGCGGGGCAGAUCUUGCAUCGGACUAUUUCAAGCGCACCGAAAACAUUGCCGGUGUAAAGGAUAUGCGAUUCCAAGCCCUGAUGCCUGAUAUUCUUCAUUGGCUGGGUAUUACCAAGAUUGACCGAAUGCUUAGCAUGAGCAACAUGAAACACGACGCCAUCGUCGGCCAAGGUAUCCCUAUUCUAGAGCGUGUUGAGCUCCCCGAAAGCUGGAUUCCAGCCGAUUCGAGAGUAGAGAUCGAUGCCAAGAUCAACGCCGGAUACUUCACGACAGGUCACAGAAUGACGGAAGAAGAACUCAAAGCGGUGCAAGGUCGGAUAUGGGAAGACAUCGACCACUAGAAGUAACAACCCCACGGAGGAUACGACGCACAAAGGAGUUUGGUCAUGGAUUGUAGAGAGAUUAUUCGGGCAGCAGCUGCAUCUUGGGAGAACCCAUCGCAGGCCCGUCAUUGCCUCUUUGAUUACCAUAUAUAACUCAUCACACUUUCUUGGUAGGAAUGGUUGUUCAAUUCGAUCCUGCAUUUACCACACCAUAUCCGCCACACCCACAAUCUGUCAGGUCUGAACGUGAAACGGGCGGGUGAAAUGUGGAGUGAAAAGGGAGCAAAAGAGAUCACGCAAACAGCUCUUCGGCCGGUAUAUGGUUCUAGUCAUGCAUAUAUAGUACAAUGACCAUAUAAUGAGCAUCUACUCACUAG